AUGCUCAAGAGAGUCAGCUCCAAGGAGGGGGCGGCGAAGGAGGAGCCCAGGAGGAGAUCGGCAAGGUCGUCAGCUACACCGGCUCCUCCAAGAGUGGAAACGAAGCCAAAAAAGGCGGCAGGAAAGGAUAAAUCUUCAGACAAAAAAGUGCAAAUAAAGGGGAAAAGGGGAGCAAAGGGAAAACAGGCUGAAGUGGCUAACCAAGAGACUAAAGAAGACUUACCUGCAGAAAAUGGAGAAACUAAAAACGAGGAGAGCACAGCCUCUGAUGAAGCAGGAGAGAAAGAAGCCAAGUCUGAUUAA